UUGGAGACGCAUAUAUAUAUAUAAAGUUUGCGUUCAAUCAGAAGUGACUUCUGGGAUUUACAGCCCAAACUACUGAGCAAUGCCUUUACGAGGAAGAGCUUUCUCUCAGCCUGGAAAAGACGGUGUGCUCCUGAACCCCAAAGUAGCGGUGGUUCUAGCUCCCCGAUCUCUGUCUUCCAGCUCCCGCUCGGUCGUAGAGGACCAUCUGUCAUGUCCAGUCUGCUGCGAGAUCUUCGCGGACCCCGUGGUCCUACGUUGCAGCCACAGCUUCUGUCGCACCUGCCUGAACAAGUUCUGGAGCAAGAAGUCGCCCAAGCGCGAGUGUCCUGUGUGCCGGAAAAGGUGCUCACUGACCGAGCCCACCCUCAGCCUCGUGCUCAAGAACGUGUGUGAAACGCUGGUGCAGGAACAGAAGGGAUUAAACACUCCGCCCUCGUCGCCUGGCACCACCGCCAAGUCGAUGGACUUGUGUCCUACUCACAGAGAGGCACUCAAGCUCUUCUGCCACGAUGACGAGGAGCUGCUGUGCUGCGUGUGUCACACCUCCAAGAAGCACCAAGGCCACCGUGUGUCCCCCAUGGAGGAAGCGGCGCAAGACCUUAAGGGGGAGUUGAAGAGGGAGGUGGUGCCAAUGAAGAAAAGUCUCAGACGGCUUUACGAAGCCAAGCAGGAGCGUGAGGACACCAUCGUGCACAUCAAGAACCAACGGCAGCAAGCGGAGAAACAGAUCAGAGAGGAAUUUGCAGAGAUCAGGCAGUUCCUGGAAAAACAGGAGUUGGCGAGGAUCGCUCUCCUGGCUGAGGAAGAGGAAGAGAAGUUGCUUUUAAUGAAGAAAAACACAGACAGGCUCUUGCGGGAUAUUCUUAUGUUCUCUCACGCAGUCAGAACCAUAGAUGAAGAAAUCUCUUACAGUGACCCUGUGUUCUUGAAGCACUACAAAAAUAUAAAAAAGAGGACGGAUUUAACCUUUAAUGAACCCGAGAAAGUUCCAGCUGCUCUCAUCAACGUGGCGAAACACGUGAGCUCUCUGAAGUUCAGCUUGUGGGAGAAAAUGCAGGCCAUGGUGGAAUACACUCCGGUAACUCUGGACGCAAACACGGCCUACCCAUGUCUGACCCUGUGUAAAAACCUGAUCCAGGUCAACAACAGCGGCACGAUGCAGAAGCUUCCUGACAACCCCGAGCGCUUCGACCACUUCGUCUUUGUGUUGGGGUCAGAGGGCUUCAACUCAGGACGACACAGCUGGGAAGUGGAGGUGAAGGACAACAACGACUGGGUCAUCGGCGUGGUGAAGGAGUCCAUACCCAGGAAGGGGAAAGUCUCUGGAGGUCCAGAGGCAGGCUUCUGGACCAUCGCUCUAUCAGAUGGCGUUUACACAGCCAUGACGUCUCCACCAACGCGGCUGGACCUGACAGGCCAUCUUGAGAGAGUGCGCGUGAAGCUGGAUUACGAGGCCGGGGAGGUGAGUUUCUCCAACCCUCUGAACCUGAAGCCCGUCUACACCUUCAACGUACACUUUACUGGAAAGAUAUUCCCUUUCUUCUGCCCCGGCGCCAACAUCAACGGCAGCAACCCGGGUCCUUUAAAGAUUUGCCCUUUUAAAGUAGCUGUGUGGAACAGCGCCAACUGGUGACCGACUGGUGACUAGACAUAAUAUUCAUGUAUUUGUUCUUAUGUACAUUGUAAUCAGAGUCAAAGUCGAUCUUAUUUUAUUCAUGUUGUGAAUACUAACCAAUAAACAAUAUUUAUAAAAACUAUAGUGUUUUUAACACAGAGCAAGAAUAAAAUUUUACUUAGUUGUUAAGCACACAGCUUUAAACUUCUAUCAGGAUUCGCCUCAUACUGUAGCUUUGGCAAGAGUAAUCAAAUUUUUUUUUUUAA